CUCGCCAUAGGGCGUGUGUCUUUCUGCUGUCGGUCUGUCUGCAGGCCCACUAUACUGUGGGACUGUUGCUGUUUUCAGUUAACUCAAGUCUUCAGCUGUGACCUGUGAGAGCUGACCCCCUGUUCGUCUGACAGCUUACUGCAGCCAGAGUCAGCGGGAUGGAGGGGGAAGACAGGUGCUUCCUUGGGAGGUUUGUGGAGGAGUUCCCGGCUGCUCUUUUGGAAGGCAGUCCACUGCCUGUCAGCCCUCUGAGCCGCAAAGUGUCAGUGGAGGAGCUGCAUGGAGAGAGCCUGGAGCUGGGCCUGAGGCUGCUCGCUGCCAGGGGUGCUCCUGCAGGCCUCAGUGCUCUCCUGUGCCAGGCAGCGCUUUCCCAACUGCUGCAGAACGACCUGUCACCUUUCCACAGCUCCCAGGAAGCUGAGGACAGCCAGGAAGAGGAGCAGCAUGUAGUCUUGCUUCAGUCAGAGCCGGUCCAACGUCUCUUUCUCAACAAGCUGAUAGAGGUGGCACUGGCGUGGCAUCAGAACCUCCCCAAGCUCCGUCCCUCCCCCUCCCGGUUCCUCCGCUGCUCCAUUCAUGCCAUCAAGAACACGAGGAGGAAGAUGGAGGACAAACACGUGGUGCUGGCUGAGUUCAACCAGCUCUUUGGAAUCCAGGACGGAGUGGAUCGUGCCUACUACGCCGUGUUUGACGGCCAUGGAGGGGUGGACGCUGCCACCUACGCUGCCGCUCACCUCCAUGUUGCUCUGAGUAAACAGGAGAUGCUGCUGAGUGACGCAGCCACAGCCUUUAAAAAUGCCUUCAAGCACACUGAUGAUAGUUUCAAGAGCAAAGCCAAGCGAGAGCGUCUGCGCAGUGGCACUACAGGCGUGACGGUGCUGAUCCAGGGACAGGAGCUGACUGUGGCCUGGCUCGGAGACUCUCAAGCUAUUUUGGUCAGAAAGGGACAAGCUGUUACUCUCAUGGACCCCCAUAAACCAGACAGAGAGGAUGAGAAACAGAGAAUUGAGGAUCUUGGAGGCUGUAUCACCUUCAUGGGUUGCUGGCGCGUUAACGGCACUUAUGCUGUGUCCAGAGCUAUAGGUGACUUUGACCAGAAGCCCUACGUGUCUGGAGACGCGGACUGCUCCACAACCCAGCUGUGUGGGGACGAGGACUACGUGCUGCUGGCCUGUGACGGCUUCUUUGAUGCAGUCAAACCUUCAGAGGUCCCACAAAUGGUCCUGGAUGCCCUUCGGCAGUCUGGUGACCCAGAGGGCGGGGAAGACGCUCCUCUGGAACAGUCUGAGGAAGCUGUUGGACUGAGAGUGGCUCAACAGUUGGUAGGUGAAGCUAAGGCAGCGGGUUCUAGUGAUAACAUCACAGUGAUGGUGGUGUUCCUGCGUCCACCGCAGCAGCUGCUGGAUCAGGACUCCACCACAGGACCUGUACAAGCUACUCAGGACUCCACCUCCCAAGAUGCACCACAGCAGUAAAGGAGGAGGUCUGGUGCCCAGACAUCACUGUGCCAAGCUACUGCCUGACUCAGCAUAACUCAGCUUUUUUUGUCUCCAGGAGCUGUCAGACAUCCUGCAGACUGACAAACUUAUUUGAUGAUAAUGCCCGCGCCACACUGCCUGCGAGAACAGAGCUUCUGCAUCGUCAAAGCUUUUUUUUUUUUUUUUAAAAAAAAGAACAAUUGGCACCCAUGUUAACAGGUUAGAGCGGCCACACUGUUGGCAUGAGCAGCGCUGCUCAGCUGCAGCAUAUCUAGAGAUUCAGGGUCUCAUCUUUUUUUCCAGAUGACAUGCACAGUUUUUCUGCAAAAAUAGAGUGAAAAUGGUGAUUUAAUGGGACUUGUGGAAAUGCAGUACUCACAGCAGCAUGUAGCUCUGCAGCAGCGCCGCAGCAACAACGCUGCCUGUGUGAACACCAAAAGCAUGGGAGCCGCAGCAGUUAACUGUGGUAAUCCUCAUGUGCUGCUCAUGCAUGCAGUGUGUCCCGGGUGUAACAGCAGGCUGCGGUCACGCUGUGUCACUGCUUUUGAGGAAAAGUGUUCAUUUUAGAUUCAGUAAGGUUUGUUGGAUGAUGCAGGGCCAGAUGAGCCAGGUUCCCAGGGCAACAGUGAGCUGUGGGUCCUUAACAUGUCUCCUGCUUCCAGCAACCAACCAGCAUCUCAUUAAACAUUAACUUGUUUAAGUACAUACACCAUUUGAGCAUUAUAUCAACUUUUUGUGUACAUAUGUGUGUGUGUAUUCAAGUAAUAUCUCCCAGUAACUUCAACUGUGCCUUUACCAGUCAUGACCGUGGACUGUAUAUAUAGAUGGACAACACAUUUCCACUUUCCAGCACUGUGCAAAAAUUUGGCCAAAAUAUCCUAGUUACAGCUACUGCCAUCUUGUGCUGCUGCAACAUGUUUUCAUCCCAGC